ACUGCCCGCCGGACUACUGCUCGCUUGCAGCGACCGGUAUGGCAAGCCCGUUGUGACGAACGCAACAUCGAGAGCACAGCUUGCGCACUUGAACACAAAGCCAGUGACGACAUAUCGCUGGAAGCCGUGAACACGUUCCAGUGGUCGACGUCCGCGUCAAGUACUCACAGCUUAUUUCGCCACAAAAUAGGAUCGCAUGUUCCCUCACCAGAGGGUGACCGCGGUCUCCAUGCUUCACCUGCGUUCCCACAACGAAGCAGCCAAACCACCCUCCGAGGUUCCCUCCCGAUCCCUAUGCAGCGUCAUACCUCUUGGCAUUCUCACCCACGUACCCAAGUAUAGCACCGUUCCCUUCAUCCGCCCAGAAAUAAGUACCACAAGUUACAACUCCUCUCGCCCCCAGCUCCUCUCCGGGUCCACUCAGCCCAGGAAGAUGCAAUCAUACGCGAUACCCGCGCUCGCGUCCUCGGUACUGCACGUCUCACCUUCAGGCUGGUCCUCCAUGUUCCCCCCGCCGCCCAAGUGGUCGGCCGAGGAAAUGCCGGACCUCAGCGGGAAGGUCGUGGUCGUGACCGGAGGGAAUGACGGGAUUGGGAAGGAGACGGUGAAGGCGCUGCUCGCGCACAACGCGAAGGUGUACAUGGCUUCGCGGAACCAGAUCAAAGCACAGGUGGCGAUCGACGAGCUCAAGCGGGAGACCGGGCGGGAGGCGAUCUUCCUGCGGCUUGACCUGGCGAGCCUGCAAUCCGUGAAGGCUGCAGCGCAGGAGUUUUUGGGCAAGGAGACGGGGCUGCACGUCCUGAUCAACAAUGCGGGGUCAAUAUACCCACCUGUGGAAGACGUCACUGAGGAAGGGUACGACCUGCAAUUCGGCACCAAUGUCCUCGGGCACUACUACUUCACCAAGCUCCUCAUUCCCGUCCUCCUGAAGACUGCUCGAGUAUCUGCAGACGGAAAGGCGCGGAUUGUACACGUCGCAUCGGUGGGACACGAGUUCGUGAACGGGAUCGACUUCGAGACGUUGAAGGACGGCCCGAAGAGGAGGCGGUGGCAUACGACGAAGCUGUAUUUCCAGAGCAAGUUUGGAAACGUCGUCGUAGCCAACGAGUUCCACAGAAGAUACGCUGACCAGGGCCUGGUUUCCUUCUCGCUGCAUCCGGGGAACCUGAAGUUUGACACCAAACGACAUCCGUCUUGGCCGAUCAAGCUGUUAGGGAUACUAAACCCACUAAUCCCUGGACCGAAGAUGGGCGCACUCACGCAGCUAUGGGCAGGGACGAUGCCCGAGGGCGGAAACUUUGGCGGGAAGUAUUGCAUCCCGUAUGCGCGCGUCGGGCAAGCGAAGAAAGAGACAGACGACCCUGAGCUGGGGAGGAUGCUGUGGGAGUGGUUGGAAGAGCAAGUGAGGGAUGUUGAGCCUCCAUAUACAGAAACAUGAGUACGAUGCACGGGUGUUGAUGCCCUCCCUGUGCUUGUACACAUGCAGUGAUGGUCUGUGUGGCAUUACCAGAGAGGUGAAUGAAGUCGGGAGCAAGAGUGGCAGUGAGACGAAGUCCUCGCGAAGGC